AGAUAAAUCUUAUGAUUGUAGGGAAUGUGGGAAAGCCUUUAGUGUGGCCUCAUCCCUCACUAAACAUGUACGAACUCAUAGUGGAGAGAAGCCUUAUGAAUGUAAGGAAUGUGGGAAAGCAUUUAGUGUGGCCUCAUCCCUCACUAAACAUGUAAGAACUCAUAUUGGAGAGAAGCCUUAUGAAUGUAAGGAAUGUGGGAAAGCCUUUAGUGUGGCCUCAUCCCUUACUAAACAUGUAAGAACUCACAGUGGGGAGAAGCCUUAUGAAUGUCAGCAGUGUGGGAAAGCCUUUACCAGUUCCUCAAACCUUACUAAACAUAUCAGAGCUCACAGGGGAAAGAUGCCUUAUGUAUGUAAGGAAUGUGGUAAGGCCUUUAGUUAUGCCUCGUAUCUCACUACACAUAUAAGGACUCACAGUGGUGAGAGGCCUUAUGAGUGUCAGGAAUGUGGGAAAGCCUUUACACAGCUCUCAGUCCUCACUAAGCAUUUAAAGACUCACAGUGGAGAGAGGCCUUAUGAAUGUAAGCAGUGUGGGAAAGCUUUCAUUCUGUCCUCACACCUCACUAGACAUAUUAGAACUCAUAGUGGUGAGAAGCCUUAUGAAUGUAAGGGAUGUGGGAAAGCUUUCAGGCAGCUCUCAGACCUCACUGCACACAUAAGAACUCACAGUGGAGAGAAGCCUUUUGAAUGUAAAGAAUGUGGGAAAUCCUUUGCGUGUUCCUCAAACCUUAAUAAACAUGUAAAAACUCACAGUGGAGAGAGGCCUUAUGAAUGUAAGGAAUGUUGGAAAGCCUUUAUUCAUCUCUCAUCCCUCACUAUACAUAUAAGGACUCACAGUGGAGAGAAGCCUUAUGAAUGUAAGGAAUGUGGGAAAUCCUUUAGUCAGGCCUCACACUGCAGUAAACAUAUAAGAAGAAUUCACAGUGGAGAGAAGCCUUAUGAAUGUAAGGAAUGUGGGAAAGCUUUUAGUGAUUCCUCAGCCCUCAAUACACAUGCAAGAACUCACACUGGAGAGAGACCUUACAUAUGUAAGGAAUGUGGGAAAGCCUUUAGUUAUCGCUCAGCCCUCAAUAACCAUGCAAGAACUCACACUGGAGAGAGACCUUACAAAUGUAAGGAAUGUGGGAAAGCCUUUAGUGAUUGCUCAGCCCUCAAAAAACAUACAAGAAUUCACACUGGAGAGACAUCUUACAAAUGUAAGGAAUGUGGGAAA